AACAGAUCUAAAAGGAUGACCAUAGUACGUUGUGUCACUCUUAGUUUAUGUAUACUUAUUAGAGACCGGAUACGACUACAUUGUGUAAUGGAAUAUGUAUCUCAUUCUUUCUCCCCUUUUCUCGUUGCGUUACAAGGGAUAAGAAUUGUGUCUUCUCUAUCAGUAUAACGAGAUCAGAAAUUAUUUAAGGCUAGAUGACCAGUUACGGCACUGGAACUGAACAGCUUCGACUUUAUCGGCAUAACCCUUUAAAUAUAACAUGGGCCGAGAAGCAAGUAACGAGGGCAGUGUUUCUGUGAGCUCGGCGAACGACCUACCAGAUCCCACACCUAUAGCUCGCGGGGAUCUCGGAGGCGAGCAGAUUCGCCUCCAAUCGACGGCGGCGUCGAAGACAACACAGGUUCGAUGGCGUGACCUUCCGAACAAGGAUCAGCUAUUCAUCCUUUCACUCUGUCGCCUGUCGGAGCCUCUCUCAAACGUCUGUCUCUUACCUUAUAUAUUCUAUCUCGUCCGCUCGGUCCUACCACCGACCUCGACCCCCUCAGACGGCGAUGAAGUCCCAGAAGCUGCCGAGGCGACGGCCGCUCGCAUCUCCGAGUUCUCCGGCUUGCUGAUUGCCUCAUUCCCGCUAGCCCAGUUCCUCGUGAGUCUGCCGUGGGGAAAGUUGUCGGAUAAACACGGGCGGCGCCUCUCUAUCGUUGCCGGGCUCGCGGUGUCGGUGCUGGCGAACGUUGGAUUCGGGUUCUCGCGGUCCUUCGGCGCUCUAUUGUUUUGGAGGAUCUUGGCCGGCUUCGCAAACGGAAACGUCGGUAUAAUGCGCACGGUAACGGCGGAGGUGGUGCGCGAGCGAAGAUACCAGACCAAGGCGUUCCUUCUACUGCCCUUGGUAUUCAAUGCCGGUAUGGUGGCAAGUCUGGCUUUAGGGGGUUGCCUCGCUGAGCCUGUCGUCAACAUGCCGUGGCUCUUCGGGCCGGGCGGUGUCCUUAAUACGAGUCGGAAUCCCGACGGCGUAGCUUGGGCUCUUGAGUUUCCGUAUGCGCUUCCUGCGCUCCUCAACGCUGUCGUGCUGGGUGCUUCUCUUAUUCUAGCUGUAGCCGGUCUAAAAGAAACACUUCCCGGAAAGGAGGGUCAGAGUGAUGUCGGCUUAAAAGCCGGAGCGGCGAUUACGCGAUGGGUCGAGCACAUACUGCGUAGACGACAACAGUACAUAAGAAUAGAUAGCGGCGAAGAUACGUUCCUAGGGCAAGUUCGGCCAGAUUUCGAGAAACCCAGACCAGAAGCAACAAGUGUUGGUCGUCAGGAGCUCCCUUUUCGAAACAUCUGGACACGCAAAGUACUAUGCGCUUUGGUCUCGUUUGGAUUGCUCCCACUACAUAAUUCGGCCUUCAUGCAUAUAUUUCCUGUGUACCUGAGCAGUCCACCGGCUGACAAUGGCGAGGCAUCCUUCUUUGCCUUCGCCGGCGGUUUGGGUUUGCGCUCUUCGACUAUCGGCAUGUGGCUCUCAACCUUCGGCAUCUGCGGUAUCUUAUUGCAGCUCCUCAUAUACCCACGACUACAGACACGUAUUGGAACAAGAGGCGUCUUCCGGAUUGCCUUGGUUUUGUUUCCAAUCACGUACGCGGCAGCACCCUAUCUGUCGCUUUUAGCAGGCGAGGACGACGGGGCGUUACGUUGGGUAUUCUUAGGGCUAGUAGUGUGCUCUCAGAUCAUGGCGCGUACGAUGGCCAUACCGAGUACCGUCAUUUUAUUGACCGAGGCGGCGCCCUCAAAGACGGUCUUAGGAACCGUCCACGGAGCCGGAAACAUGCUUGCGAGUCUAGCCCGCACGGUUGGACCGGCCGUUGGGGGUUACGUGUUUGCGUUAGGAGUCCAAGAGGGUAUCAUUGGACUUGUUUGGUGGUUGUAUUUAGUAGCUAUUGCAUUGUGUGCUCUGGGUUGGUCGUAUCUGAUGGAGGGAGAUGAAUACUAGAUUUGGACUCGGCAAGCUCCUACGCUUGGUGCUCUUUAUAGGUGAUUUUGUUAGCGCGGAAGAGCAUCAAUACUCUGGCCAGUUGAAUCACCAAUAUAAACUGGAU